UGCAACCUUUUUCCCUCAGGAAUAACAACUAUCGUCCUUUCCCUCCUUUUUCCUUGCCUGGGUUGUCCGGGAACGGUGACUGGUGCUCGAAUGGAGAUUCCAUUGCCGGAUUCGUUUUCUAUCGGUCGUAGCUCCGGUGGCUGGUCGCGUUUCUCCAGCCUCCGGGGAGUACGGUGGAGGUUUUAUCUCGGUAUAUUGCCCUCCUCACCGUCGGUUUCAAUUGAUGAUCUACGUCGCGUUACUGCGGAUGCUCGGAGGAGUUACGCAAGCCUUAGGCGUCGUCUCUUAAUAGAUCCACACAUCCCAAAGGAUGGGAAUAAAUCUCCUGAUCUGUCAAUGGACAAUCCUUUAUCUCAAAACCCAGAGAGCACGUGGGGGCGCUUCUUUCGCAAUGCAGAGUUGGAGAAAAUGCUUGAACAGGACUUAUCAAGGCUAUAUCCAGAAGAUGAUCAUUACUUCCAGACGCUUGCAUGCCAGACCAUGCUUAGAAGAAUUUUAUUAGUAUGGUGUCUUAGGCAUCCAGAGUGUGGAUAUAGGCAGGGAAUGCAUGAAUUAUUAGCUCCUCUUGUGUAUGUAUUGCAUGUUGAUCUUAAUUACCUUUCUCAAGUUCGGGGACUUUAUGAGGACCACUUUAAUGAAGAAUUUGAUGGAGCAGAUUGUGAAGUUUCCUCCAACACCUUAAUGAAGGCUAAAAGUUGGGACGUAGGCGCCAAUGCUGAUGAUUUCAAUCAAAUUAAAGUGCCAAAUAUUACAAGCUUUGAUGAUCUUGAUCGUGACAUCAGGGAUGUACUCUUAUUAAGUGAUUCUUAUGGAGCUGAAGGAGAACUGGGCAUAGUUUUAUCCGAAAAAUUCAUGGAACAUGAUGCUUACUGUAUGUUUGAUGGUUUAAUGAGCGGUGCUCGUGGGGUGGUUGCAAUAACCGAAUUUUUCUGUUCUCGCCCCUCCAUGGGAUCAAGCACAGGCCUUCCUCCAAUCAUUGAGGCCUCAUCUGCACUUUAUCACUUGCUUUCCAUUGUUGACUCAUCCCUUCAUUGUCACCUAAUCGAGCUUGGAGUUGAACCUCAGUAUUUUGCACUCCGAUGGCUGCGUGUUCUAUUUGGACGUGAGUUUUCCCUUAGUGAUCUUUUGGUUAUUUGGGACGAACUGUUUUCGGCUCUUAAUUGUUCAUGCACAGAGAAUGAUGAGUAUAGAUUCAGGAUUCUGUGCUCACCACGAGGAGCCUUUAUUUCAGCCAUGGCGGUCGCCAUGCUACAGCAUGUGAGAUCUUCCUUGUUAGCCUCCGAGAACGCAACGUCCUGCCUUAAGAGAAUAUUGAACUUCCCAAGGAAUAUAAGUGUGGAAAAGCUUAUAAAGAAGGCCAGAUUUUGCCAAGUUCUGGCAUUGGAGACAAAUAUGUCAGUCUCAUCAAAGGCAGGUUUGACCAAGAUUAGUUCAUUAGCAGUAAGAACUGGUUCACCGACUUCCAAGUCACCAAUUCAAAUAAUGCCUGACAGCUAUUGGGAAGAAAAAUGGAAAGUGCUCCAAAAAACGCCUCAAAACAGUGAUUCAGUCAAUGCUGGACAGAUCAAAGGAUUGUUAGGGGAGACAUUAGAAUCAUUGAGGACAGAAUCAUUUACUUCCCCAGCAAAGACUGUCAACAUGGAAAAGGAUGCUCAUUCUUUGGAUAAGCGUUGUCUAUUUUUUGAUGAUUUGUCUCAAAUUGCAGAGUCUUUAGAUGAUGUGGUUCAACGCAUUCCCUUUUGUGAUGAUUCACCCUCUUUGGAGGAAGAUGUCAAGAAGUGUUUAUCUGAGGAGCCAGGAUAUGAGAGUAGCGUAAGGACAUCUGAGUGCAUGGGUGAAGAAAGCUUAAGCACGGGAAAUUCCUCAGUGUUUUCAAUGAAUACUAAUACAAACAGUGAGUCAAAUGACCCUGAAAUUGAGUCAGAGAAGAGUGGUGUCGUUUCAGUUUUCUUUAGUAGGGAGAAUGAAGAUGGAAAUAAUCUUGUAAAGGAGGAAUGCAGUAAUGCUUCUUAUAACCCCAUACCUAAAGAGGCAGAAGCAAAUGCUGAUGUUGCUAAAUCUGGGCCAAGUGUGAAUGUGGAAGUUAAAGGUGUAUCAGGGAAGGUGAGAAAAACAGCAGCAGGCAAGUUUCAGUGGUUUUGGAGAAUUGGUAAAGUAAGUUUCAAUGAAAAGAGCAUGGACAAAGGAGCAGUUGCAGAGACACUGAGAUCAUCGAAUAUUGGAAAAGAAAGUGUUUGCCAGGAACAUCCCACAAUUUCAGCUUCUGCUUACAGCAAUUGUGCCGAUAGUGCAAGGGCAGAAGUUGGAGACAUGAAAACAUUGGGCACUCUAAAGAUUCUUGCGCAAUCCAUGAUUGAGAAUAUUCAGGUGAUUGAGACGGUGUUCCAACAAGAAAAAGUGCAGGCAGGCAAAAUUUUUAAUGGCAAUGAGCAAGCUGCAGCUAUUGAGGCCCUAAAGGAGCUUCGGAAAAUCAGCACCAUUUUAUCAGAGAUAUGAGUACUCGCUGUAUUUUUGUACCAACAGUGUGCAUCAUUCUUCUGUUCUGGCCUAGUAUUUAUAUUUACUUCUGGGCCUUCCUUUUCCUUGUCAAAACAAUAUUAUCUUGUAAAUAGAGAAAGAGAGAGAGAGAGAGAGAGAGAGAGAGAGAGAGAGAGAGAGAGAGAUUACAUACAUAUAUGUCUU